UGUCCAACAAUCUUCAGGAAUAAUACCAGAUAAUACGUUCUGAUGUUAUGAUUUCACCAAAAAGCCAAACAUAAAUAAUGCAGGAUUCUAAAGUGAAACUGGUCAAGACUGUUACUAAAAAUAUAAAUUCAGUUUAAUCAGUAAAAUUAAUGGCACGAAAAUUGAUAAAACCGUUAUUCAGUCUUUUUAAAUCCGGGUGUUUAACUUGUCUUGUCUUAAAAUAUGUUGGAGAUUUUGUUAUGUGUAUUGAUUCGUCCAUGGAACCAAGUAUACGAAGUGGCGAUAUUAUUCUUGUUGAGUACAUAACGUCACAAAAACGGUACAAUAACGGCGACAUAAUUAUUACAAAAAGUCCAGAUAAUCCACUCUUCUAUACGUGUAAAAGGAUCAUUGGUUUGCCUGGAGAUAGAUUGUAUCGUCAAAAUUCACUGCAAUAUGUUCCUAUAGGACAUUGUUGGCUAGAAGGUGAUAAUCAUGAGUCUAGUGAUUCUCACAAAUAUGGACCAGUUCCUCAGGGUUUGUUGGUUGGUCGUGCAGUGUGUGUUUUGUGGCCCUUGUCUCAUAUUUCACGUCUUUAUAAAAGAAAAUAGGCUCUACAAAACUCAUUCUUUAGUGCUAUUUAAAUAAAUGUUUUUUAUUAGCA